CUUGCUGCUCCCAGGGAGGCGGCCGGGGCCUAGGGCCCGCUCGCCGCUCAGCGAUAGGUGGCUAAGGAGAACCGGUGCGCGCCUGCGCAGGAGGCGGCGGCGGCGCUGGGCAGUGAAGUUGGUCAAAGCGCCGGGGAUAAGAUGCAUAAGCUUAAAUCGUCUCAGAAGGACAAGGUCCGCCAGUUUAUGGCAUUUACCCAGGCUGGUGAAAGGACUGCUAUAUAUUGCUUAAUGCAGAAUGAGUGGAAACUAGAAGUGGCAACAGACAACUACUUCCAGAACCCAGACUUGUACUACAAAGAAUCCAUGAAAAAUUCAGUAGACAGAAAGAAAUUAGAACAAUUGUAUAACAGGUACAAAGACCCACAGGAUGAAAAUAAAAUUGGUAUUGAUGGAAUUCAGCAGUUUUGUGAUGAUUUAAGCCUGGACCCUGCCAGUAUCAGCGUCUUGGUCAUAGCAUGGAAAUUCAGGGCAGCCACUCAAUGUGAAUUCAGUAAAAAGGAAUUUGUAGAUGGCAUGGCAGAGUUGGGGUGUGACACCACAGACAAGCUAAAAGCUCUAUUGCCAAGAUUGGAACAAGAGCUAAAGGAUCCAAUAAAGUUCAAAGAUUUUUAUCAGUUUACCUUUACCUUUGCUAAAAACCCUGGACAAAAAGGUUUAGAUUUAGAAAUGGCAAUUGCAUAUUGGAAUUUAGUCUUAUCGGGAAGGUUUAAAUUUUUAGAUCUUUGGAAUAAAUUUUUGUUGGAACACCAUAAAAGAUCAAUCCCAAAAGAUACUUGGAAUCUUCUGUUAGACUUUGGAAAUAUGAUUGCAGAUGAUAUGUCAAACUAUGAUGAAGAAGGAGCAUGGCCUGUUCUCAUAGAUGAUUUUGUGGAAUAUGCACGACCAGUAGUCACAGGAGUAAAGCGUAAAACCUCCUAACCACAGACACUUCCAAAUGGACUAAGUUUGCAGUCUGAACUCUAUCAGGUAAUGAAGACCUUUUCUCCAAUAACUGCACACCGUCACUGGUUUUAAUAGUCGUGGCAAGAUGCCACUGACAAAACUUGAAAUUGCGCCUUUCUGCCUAAAGAAAAUGAUGGCUGACUCAUGGACACAGCAAGAAGAAACUCAAGAUAGCCCAGGCUGUUCAUAGGAUAUUGGCUUCAAUUAUUGUGCUGGUUGUAGAUUUUGCAUGAUUUUAUACUUUGGAGAAGUUUAACUAGAAGCCAUUUUAAAGUUUUGACAGCACGGCAUGCCAUUCAGUUCAUGAUCCAAGAUGAACACCAGCAGUUACAUAAUUAAAACUGUAUUAUAUUGUACUUAUAUUAAAAGCAGUAUUUGUGGUAUAUAAAUUAAAUCCCUAAAUAAAACUUAUGUAGUAUGGUGUAUUUUUAUACAAGUCAGCUCUGUGUAAGUAUCUGCCCUAAUAUAAACUUGUAACAAAACACUUACUGACACUUUUUUCUUGGUGCCAGGAUUCUAGAUUUAUAUUUUUACGCUCUCAGAAAUGUACAGACCAUGACUGUUUUUUUCCCCUUGUAAGAUCAACUUCUUCAUCACAGUGUUCACCUGAUGUGUGUGUGGUUAUGUUAGCUAUCAAUAGCAUUGCUGCACAAGGACUGCUCUACAUUGUUUUGACUCCAAGAAUGGUUUGAAUAUGAUUAUUUACACUGUUGAUUGAUUAGUCUUUUUUAAAUAGACCCUAAAACAACCAAAGACACAUUUUUAUAAUUCAUAAUUGAUAGAUAAACAUAAUUCAGUUUUUCUUCAUCUUUACAUUUUCCAUUUACUUUUUUGUAAAUAAUGAAUUGGUGGGAUUUGAGGAUUUUAGUAGCCUUCAAUUUACGGUAAAAUAGCUAGGUUCCAUUUAAAUGCAAUAUUCUGUGCAUGCAGUUCCUGAUAUGAUCUCAACCCCAAAAAGGAAGGGGGAAAAUAAACACACACAACCACACUAUGGACAGUAUAUCUUAACUCCCCUUCUCAAAAACCUUUGGCGGGGGGUGAUUUUUUUUCUCUACAUUAUGAAGCCUCUUGCUUCUUGUUCUAAAUAUUCUGUAAAACAAAUAAUAGUUCUUCUUUGAAUAGUGUCCCUGUGGGUGCUCCACUUCAGGUGCGAAUGUGCCUUAAACCCUUGAUCAGAGAUUUUCCAUUAGCCAUGUUCAUUUGGCCCACACAAGCAUCCUAAAUAUCUUUAAACCUCACACCAAGGCUACAUAGGGUUGUGCAGGCAAUCCACCCUCAGUUCGUUCUCAGUUCCUCCUUGGCCUCAGCUAGACCCCUAAUGCGUCUGCCUGGAACGUGCCUUGGCUAACUUCUUGUUUAUAGUUUAGUGUUAGCAUUAAAUAGUUGUUAGUAGAUAAGUAGCGUGAGGAUUAACUUUUUGCCUCUCCCUCCCUCUGGGAAGCCUUUCUCUCCUGGCGUGGUGUACUUAGCUCUACAGGAUUCAAACAUCUCCCAGUCAGCGGCAGCCACUCUUAAGUCCACCGCUUGGGAGAGUCGCAUGUCUACUAGAAGGAGACUUCUGCCUGGCCCUUAAAUCCAGGGCAAGGAAGAACCAGGAGAUCAAGUUGAGGCAGCUGCUGAUGGAGCACUCCCUUCGACCUGCUUUAGAGAGUCAUGUCAGGAUAUCCCUGCUUUGGACAUCUGUCUCCGAACAGAUCCAGUGCCCCUUUGACCUCAGCCCAGAUCUCCUCUAGUAAGGGGAAGACUUGUGAGGCCACAGUGAAGUCUCCCAAAAAGAGGAGCACUGGAUCCCAUCAUAAGGAGACUGUUCUCAAAAGAUCUUGGUCCCCCACUAAGUCCAUGGUAUCAGAAGCCUCAACCUCUCUGCUUCAGACCAUAGAGGUGAAAGACUCCUCCAAUACCAGUGAGUCCAAAUAGUCCCAGAGUUCUGACAGAGCCCUGGUACUGACUAUAGGGGACAAGGAGGACAAGGAUAAGGGCUUCUCCAGCCCAUUACCACUGAGCAUGGCUUUAUCGUUGGCACCUCCCCAGUUGGGACAACUCAACAUCACACAACCGAAGUGUGUGACACCACCGGUACCUACUUUGGUAUGCUCAAAAUCUAUAGUACUGUCUGCUUCCAUUGCCAAGCACACUACCAUGGCGGUACCGAUCCUUCGCUUGGUACCACAGGAAUUCAGAUACUCAAAUGACUUAUCAAUGGCUGAUGGACCAGAAUCUCUACUGCUCAUGGGUACUAAAUGCUUCUUGGUAUCAAGAGCCCAGUCUCUGGACUACCAUCGCUCUCUGGUACUGCUGGACUCUCCACCCUUUUCCACUUGUGCUCCGCCAUUGGAGGAUACCCAAGGAGGAGGAAGACUUCCUUCAAUCUCAUCCAGGGUUCUCUUGCACAUCCACAUAGAAAUCUGUUAUUUGACUCCCAUAGGGAAGAUCCUCAGGCUUGACACCAAGGAUGGUGGGACCAACCCUAGAUGCCACUUUCUCUCCCAUUUGGUUCCUCCCAAUGGCCAUACUGGGAUCCCUGGGCUGAGUACUGAUAGCAACUUGUCAGAAACCAGUUCUGACACAUUGGAAGGUUAGAGAUGUUCAAUCCUCUACUCCCCAACCAGGUCCCCAAUACAAGGAAACGUUUGAAGAACAGAAGUCUAGGGCAGAUGAAGAAGCCAGCCCUCACUCCUAUCUCUUUAUCAUCUCCAGAUGUGGCAGUUAUACCUCCACCACCAUCGAUGGUUGAUGAUUUCCUGCAAUUUCAGGACCUUAUAAAGUGAGUAGCCAGUACUCUUCAGAUACCACUCAAAGAGGUCAAGGAUUUGCAACACAAAUUGCUUGACCUUUUGCAAUCUGCAACACUCACUAGAGUUGCACUACUCAUUAAUGAGGUGUUCCUGGACCGAGCAAAGACAGUUUGACAAACAUCUUGUAACAUUCCACUAACUUGAAAACAGGUGGAUAAAAGGAUUCUGAAUUUUUAUUCUCGAAUCAUUUACCUAAUUCUCUGGUGGUGGAUGUGGUAAAUGAGUUGGGUAAGCAACACUACUCAGUCUACCCCAUAUGACAAGGGCCAAAAGCAUUUAGACCUCUUUGGAUGGAAGUCCUAUUCUUCCUCAACUCUGCAGUUUCAGAUCGCAAACUAUCAGGCAGUUAUGGCCAAAUAAUAAUUUCACAAACUCAUGCAUUUACAAUCUUUUUAUUGAUUUUCUACAGGAACAGAGGAACCAAUUUCAUGCCAUUAUUGCCGGGGGUCAGUUAUUAGCUAGAACUUCUCAAGCGUUCUUGGAUGCUACAUACACCAAUGCCAGCUCCAUCUGUGUGGUAGUAGUUAUGCCCAGGGUGCCAUGGCUCCAACUCUCAGGGUUUCCGAGAGAGGUUCAGAACACUGUUGAAUGUCUCCCCUUUGAUGGUUGAAAGCUGUUUGCAGAAACCACAGAUGAGUCUCUUCACACAUUGACAGACUCCAUGGCCGUUUUAAGAUCUCUGGAUGCACCAAACCCCCCAUGAAGAGGCAUAUGUUCCAGAGAAAAAAAGCAGCUCCUCCUUCUUGCAAAAGUUCCAAAUCAUCAUUGAAACAACAAUUUUGACCAGUUGGUCAAGGGUUUGAAUCCUCCCACACCUCUGAUUCAGCAGCUUGUAACCCUUUGCCCAUCUCUCCCUUUUUGAAGACUGCUUUUCCCUUUCCAGCAUGCUUGGAGGUGGAUCACUACAGCCAAGUGGGUCAUAAAGGUCAUAACAUCAGGCUACCCUGUCCAUUUUUUAUCCAUCCCUCCCUCUCUCUCUCAAGCCUUUACUGAAGCAAGAAAUAGAUUCUCUUUCAAUUAAGAGCAAUAGAGCCAGUCCCUGCUCCUCACAGGGAUAGGGGAUUCUAUCUGAGAUAUUUCCUUGUGCCAAAGAAGGAUGGAGGGUGGAGACCAGAUUUUGGAUCUUAGGCUAUUAAACAAGUUUGUAAAGUCUCAUAAAUUCAGGAUGGCGACUCUGACUCUGAUAUAAUCCGUAUAUCAGAGGCAGCGGAGAGGUGUCUUGUAGGUCCAGGGCUGAAAACCAACUUCCAUAUAGUGAGACACCCAUUUAACAGAAAAUAUCUACGUUCUACUAUAGCCCAGGAACAUUUUUAAUACAGAAUACUUCCCUCUGGCCUUUCCUUGAUCCUACGGGUGUUCUCAAAGGUCCUUGCGGUAGUGGCUGUUUAUCUUCGUCAAGAAGCGAUUUUAGUUUUCCCAUACCUCAACAACUGGCUGCUCAAGGGUCAGUCUUACCAAGUAGUGCUGUCAUCUGCUCAGACAUCACUCUCUCUUUUCCAGGAAUUGGGUCUUCAGCUCAAUGUAAGAAAAUCCACACUGAUCCCUGUACAGAGAAUACAGUUCAUACAGUAUAUUUGAAUUCAAUGACAGCCAUAGCAUACCUUCCCAUGGAAAGAUUCUUAACUUUAUUACAUCUAAUCAGGACCAUUGAAGGGAGACUUUAAUCCUCAGAAAGAAACUGUCUACAGCUUCUGGGUCAUAUGGCAGCUUGUGCCUUCAUGACCAAUCAUACAAGACUAUGACUGCUGCUCCCAGGGCUGGCUCAGAACAUUCUGUUCACAAACCAGACACAGUUUGGACAAGCAGGUCACAGUCCCUCUCCAUGUAAAGAAGUCCCUAGACUGGUGAAAAGAUCAACUCAACGUUUAUGUAGGCACUCCUGUUGUUCACCCAACUCCAACAAUAAUUGUGACAACAGAUACGUCUUUGCUGGAAUGGGGAGCUCACCACAGUGCCAUCACAGCUCAGGGCAGAGGGAAACCAGUCUCCACAUCAACCUGUUGGAACUCAGGGCAAUCAGGAAUGCUUGUCUUCAUUUCCUACCCGUCAUCAGGGCAAAUGCAUUAAGAUCAUGACAGACAAUUUGGCCUGCCUGUUCUAUGUCAACAAACAAGGGGGAGAGCAAGAUCCCACUCCUUGUGCACUGAAGCAAUAAAGCUGUGGAACUGUUGUACAGCCCAUCAGAUCCAAAUUUCAACCGUUUACCUCCCUGGAGUUCAGUACACCAAAGCUAACAAGAAGUAUUGUAUGUUUUUUCUCAAGAGGGUGUCUAAGCUAUCAGUCUCUGGGACUUUCUCCUAUCUUGCACGAAGAGUCUAUUCUAUGCAUUUCCUCCAACAGUGCGAAUACGGAGACUAAUGAACAGGAUCAGACAUGAUACGGUCAGCGUUAUGCUUAUAGUACCGACCAGGCCGAGAUAAACUUGGUAUCCUUAGCUGUUUCAGCUGUACAUCCACACAGCAACCAAACUUCUUAUCAUUCCUCAUCUCCUCUCCCCAGACAAGGGUCAUUUACUUCAUCCCAACUUACGGAUCCUCCAUCUCAGGGCAUGGUUCCUUAAUGGUUCGUGUGAUUAGAAUCUACCUGUUCUGUGGAACUACAAUAAAUGUUACUGAAUAGUAGAAAGCAGUCAACCCAAAUUAUUAACCUGCAGAAGUGGAAUAGAGUCAGCCAUUGGCGUCGGCGCCACUGACUCGUGUCUGAAUCCUUGUUGCUUUCAGCUAUUUUGGACUACCUGUUGGACUUAAGUUUGAUUUCUUUAUCAGUUAGCUUGAUUUAAGGUUUAUUUGGCUGCAAUAUCAGCUUUUCAUCCUACAGUAGAAGGAGUUUCUGUAUUUGCUCACCCCGUGUCUUUAGAUUUAUUAAGGUUUUGGGAAAACUCUUCCCCAAGUUAGGGACCCCACUCCAACUGGGAACUUCAACUUUGUACUUAGAUGUCUCUCAAGACCUCCAUUCAAACCAAGGACAAUCUGCUCUUUGCUUCACUUAUCCAGGGAGGACUGCCUGUUUAGUAGCUAUUAUGUUGGCCGGUAUGGACAGAGAAAUUGGGGCCUUGAUGGCAGACCCUCCUUCCCACUUUAUGGAGUUAUUCAAGGACAAGGUCUCUUUACAUCCACACCAUAAGUUCUUACCUAAGGUACUAUCAGAAUUUCAUCUUAACCAGUCCAGUUAUCUUCUGGCUUUUUCCAAAACCACAAAAGUCUCAACAGAAGAGUUCUUUUCAUACCUUAGAGAUUAGGAUGACAAUGCCCUUCUAUCUAGACAGGACCAAUCAAUUUCAGAAGUCACCCAGACUGUUUGUUUCCAUUGCGGUCCAUGACUUCUGCCAAGAGAUUGUCGAGGUGGAUCUCCGUGUGUAUUGUCACUUGUUAUGGUGCAGCUGGUACUCAAAUCCUUCCUCCCUCACCCCCCCGGUGACUGCACAUUCUACCAGAUCACAACAUCCAGGGCAUGACUCAAAAACAUUCCAGUAUCUUCAGUACAUACGUUUAGUACAUACAACACGAAGUCUUGUUCCAUGCCUCCAGUUCAGGAGCAGCACUUGGUACUGUGGUCCUGUCUUCAGUUCUGGACUCAAUUCUGAAGCUCCCUGCUCCAGGUGACUCCCAAGUAGUAUCUCCACAAGAAGCGCAGCACCCAUAGGGACACUACUCGAAGAAGAAGAGGUUACUCACCCUGUGCAGUAACUGUGGUUCUCUGAAAUGUGUGUUGCUCUGUGUGCUCCACUACCUGCCCUCCUUCCCCUCUGCUUCAGACUGUUCUCUGUGCAACAUUUGGAUGGAGAAGGAACCGAGGGAUUCACACAGCCCUACAUAGCCUCAGUGCGAGGUGCAAGGAUACAUAAGACACAUUCAUAGGCCAAAUGGACCAUGAUAAUGGAAAAUGUCGGAUCCAGGGCUCAAGAGGAGCAUGAGCACCUGAAAUGGAGCACCCAUUGGGAUGCAUGUCUCAAAGAAGCAUAGUUACUCCACAGGGUGACUAACAUCUUCUUAUGGUGUAAGUCCAUGCAAUAUCACUGACUUCAGUGGAGUUGCAUCUGUUUAUACCAAGUCUGAAUCUGGUCAAUCAUCUCUGUUUUCCUAUGAUCUGUACCUUUCCGCAGGUGACCGCUGUGGUUUAGCACAAGGAAUUAAUCUUGUCUUUCUCAACAGUGUCUUCCUAUCCAUAAGCACAAAAAGUGCAUAUGAUAGAGAGGUUUCAUUGGAAAGUAUUCAACAUAUUACUUUAACAUACAGGGCUCUUGUAAACACUACCUCAUCCUGCUGAGUAUGUCGUCAUCAUUGUAAAAGUUUUUGUUAAAGCAAAGAGCUGUAAGUUACUUAUGAUUGAUCUUUCCUUUAGUCAGAGUUGAAUUGUCACAAGACCCUUAAAGGCAUUAGCUAAUCUUCUGAGCUAUGUAAUUUAUUGAUUGAUUGAUCUUUAGAUCAUAUUCUAUAUCAAUAAUGUAAACAUUUCAUAACCUGUUGUACCAUUUUGCUUCAUCAGUCAUGAAGAUCUGCAGGACUCAUCAUAUUUAAAAAAAACUCAACAUUUUGACUUGUUAAUAAGUACUUGACUUCUAAUAUGUCAAGACAACCUCCAAUAAUAAAGCAUCUCUCCAUAAAUAUCAUGUUGACAAGGGAAAUAUUACCCCAUUCUUUCUUCCACUUGUAUGAAUUUAAAUUGUGCAUGCUGGUAAAAAGUGAGGAUGGGAAUCUGUAUUUGUCUGAAUCCUGAAAUGUCCUGUAAUAAGUUCCAUAGCAGAAGUGUUCUAACUAAACCAUUGGCGCUUUUUUUUAUUGUUCUUAGUCUAGUUCUACCCGUAUUGAGCAUUUGUAAACACAUCUUGCUUGACAGUUUAUCCACUAGAUGUCAGUAUCUCUGUCCUUAGACAACUUUCUCCUAUCUAUAUGGGCAAUUAGUAUAUAAUAUUUAUAGUAACUAAGAAAUAAAACUAUUUUACUUUAACUAACCUCUGAAGCUUCUGCUUAGAAAUACAUUUGUAUGCAUAAUUUAAAUUAUUCUACAGAAAUCAAAUGCAGCUAAAGCAAGAAAAGCAAAAGGAUUGCAUUGUUUUUACAAAACCAAAUAGGUGAAUAGUCUGUAGCCAUUAGAUAUGAAAUGUUUAACACUUUCCAAUAUCCUCAACUAUAUUUAUCCAACCAAAUGCAAUAGCAUAGUCCUUUAUCAAACAAUGUUGACCUGAAAUAUAGUUAUGUACAUUACAAACUAAGCAUGAAUUGCGUUAAUCUAUAGUUCUGUUAUAGGCAACUGGGUAGCUUCCAUUACAGGAGAGCUUGUGAAACAUUUGGUUAUGCUGAACACUUGCUAGAAUCAAUCUAAUUGACACCCCUUCCUCUUUUUUUAAAUUUAUGUACUAUAUAAAAUUCAUCUGUAUUAAAGGAAAACAUUUUAAAAAUACAGAGGUUAUCAUUCAGCUGAGUCUUGCAACCAGGUUGGGCUUGUCUGCUCUCUUCUGACUCUGAGAGGAAGGGGGUGCUCAGUGCUCCAGAGGAUCUAUAGUUUCCCUGGACACACGCACCUUUAUCCACCCACUUUUAAGCCUUACUUCUAUUAGGGCUCUUUCUGGAAAACAGAUUCCAUGUAAGGAAGACUGGACAGGAGUUCCACAGUGCAGUUUGUGAAAUUAGCUGGCCAGUAGGCACUUCAUUAUUGCUUAGGUGGAGUAUCCCACUUCCUUGUUGCUACUGGUCUUCUGCACCUCUGAGGCUGUGUCUGGAAUUUAGCCUAGAUCCUCUUACAUAAUAGCACAGAACAAUACCUCUUGGCUGUUAAGCCAGAGACAUAUUAAAUAUAAAUAUCUUGCUUUCACAUAAUUACUUUACUUUACUGGUUGCUUUUGUCCUUUGUUCAAACUUAUUCAAAGGGGACUAGCUAUGAUUUGGCAUUUAGGUAAAACGGUAUAUUGAUAACAUCUAAGCUGACCUGUUUAUAACAGAAAAAUUAUACAAAAAUCUGUCAUCAGGUUGUUCACUGCAUACAAUAUUAGUGCCUAGACACACUGUGUAUUUUUUUUAAAGUUGGUGCCAAUUUGUUUGGUUUGACUUGUUAGAAUAUCUUAAAUUAAUCAUGGAGUUUGUACUUGAUAGUUCUAAAACAAUGUGAUUUAUCAUGUGUCAUGUUAAGGAGAACAAGCCUGCAGGCAUUCACUCAUGCAAUGCACCUCAUGAGAGUCUUGCUGCUAAGUAAGCUGUACAUCUGUAAAUUUUGUGAUAAUGGAAAAAGAAUAAAUAGACUUUCAAUAUAAUGCAUCAAAAACAAUAAAUUGUUUGGUGUUUGG